UGCGAAAAUUAUCGGGGAAACGAUUCGAGUGCACGACGGCCGCGUCAGUGCCGACAGUCGAGUCUCUUUCGGCAGUGAUGGUCUAAACUUUACUGAUCUCUACCCAGCAUGGCGCCAGCUGCCACAGCGUUGGUCAGUUGUAACAAGCUUUUCGUUUGGCAAUUUGGUAUGAAGAAAUCCGGCGUACCGCUACGUCCACCUAUGCAUACGGCGCCAGCCAUGCCUUGCGCGUCCAAGAGUCCUCACAGGACAUAUGCGGCUGGAGAAGAUCCACAGAAGGAGGAUGCAGUUGAUGGCCCGCUUGCAAAGUCUAUGAGGUUCAAGGGAACAGCAAAACUCGUCCCGUCGGAUUGCACGCCCGCACCUGAACAGAGCGGACCCAGCUCGGAAGGAGGCGUCCUUCCCGUUGCAUGCGAGGCCAGCAGCGGUGUUGUUACCCAGACAAGACCACUACCUAGCGUCCUGAUCAUACACACCGGCGGCACACUGGGCAUGCAGACCACAGCUUUUGACGCAUCGGAACAACUCCAGUCACGUUUUCAAGGUGUCGUCGUGUUCAAAUCAGGCACAGGUGGGGACUACACCAAGGCGCUUCAGCCAGGAAAGCUGCUUCUAAACUUGGUAACUGCGGUGCCUGAGUUAAAAACUUUUGCUAACCUGCAGUUGAAAGUGCUGAUGAACAAGGAUUCGUGCCAGAUUGGCCCGAAGGAGUGGAUUCAGGUGGCGCAUGAGCUUCACAAACGGCGAGAUGAGUUCGAUGCAUUCGUGAUCGUUCAUGGUACUGACACCAUGGCCUACACAGCAUCUGCUCUUUCGCUCAUGCUGUCAGGAUUCGCUAAGCCAAUCGUCAUAACUGGAUCACAGCUGCCACUGUGCAUGCCCAGAUCGGAUGCCAGGCAGAAUUUGAUAGACGCGGUCACCUGCGCCACUGCAGGGUUCUCUCCACCUCACAUUCAGCUGGAGGAAGUUGCUUUAUGUUUUGGAGGCGUUCUGCUUCGAGGCAACCGCGCGAGGAAGAAAUCUGCGACAAUUUACAGUGCAUUCGACUCGCCAACUUAUCCGCCACUAGCGCGACUAGGCGUUGGGCUGGAGUGGAAGCGUGACGCAUUGUUGCAGUUUGAAGGAACCGGCGACAGGGCACACCGAAGGGUUGCGUACACGCCUCGGCUGAAGCUAGAACCAAGCGUUAUCCGGCUGCCCAUUGUGCCUGGCUGUGAUCCCAAAAAGGCGUAUGGGGACUUGUAUGCGAGAGGGGUACGUGGAAUAGUGCUGGAGGCUUUCGGUGUUGGAAAUAUGCCAUGGACAAAAGCUACUGGAUGGAUCCCUUGGCUCCGAUCACAGCGAAAGCAAGGAAUGGUGAUUUAUCUGACGUCGCAGUGCGAGAGUGGGGGACUGCACCCAGAGUUGUAUCGCACAGGUUCACUCGCAUUGGAACUCGGUGCAGAAAGUGGGCCAAUGAUGACUCCUGAAUGUGCAGUGGUUAAGUUGAUGCUUUGCCUGGCACACCCUGACCUCCCGCUUGCGCUGCCAAUUGCCGGUGAACUGUAAAGACAAGAUGUAUUAUUGGGAUUAAUGCGGACCUGCCGGCGAUGACAAUUUCCAGCCCGCACUAAGGUUAACACCUCGAAGUCAUGAGUGUUGGUGACUGAGCUUGUACUCGUAUCCUCGCAUAACCCCACUAUGUUCGUGAUUUACUCUACGGAACCGCUUCGUUGCUCGAUAACACAGAGCUGAAAUUUGACCAAAAUAUACCUUCGUAUAUAUAUGAUGGAUACGGACGGACAUGUUGCUUGGAUAUAUCACUAUCUACAUAUAUCCAAAAUGUAACAAUUACCUGGUAUCGUUUGUUUUCAAGGUUGAAGGUCUAUUCGUCCCAUACAUUGUUGUCAUUUUUGACACCAUUAAAUCAAGAACGAUGGUCUAUCGCUAUAUAGUUGAUGACAUUUUUGAAUUUUUAGCUCGAGAACCUUGAUUCAGCGUCCCAUAUAGUUGUCACACCAUGUUUACUCAUAUAAACGGGUAUUUAAAUAGGGUUUGAUAUUUACAUUUACAUAUUUAUAA